AUGACUGAGAGUGACUUUAAUAUUUCAGAACUUUUUGAAUUAACGAAAGAUUACACUGAUACUUUUAAAGCAUUCUACAGGCUUCAUACUUUCGACGAAGAUGAAAUUGACAAAAUUUACAAAGAUAUCAAAAACAAAAUCAUCGAAACAAAAAUAAUUUCUCCAUCAACAUUUGUCAAAUCUAUUUCAUAUGCAAUACAAUAUAACAAUCGUUAUUUGAUGUCAUACUUUCGGAUUUUCGAAAAAUUAUAUGAAGAUUAUCAACCAAAUAAUGUUAAUUUUGAAUAUUUAUGUCAUGGAUUUGAUAAGCUUAUUUACGACAAAUAUAAAAUUUCAUAUUUGAAAAAAACCGAAUAUGAAAAUUGUUCCAUAGAAUUCCUCAACGAAAACACAAUUUACAGAUCAAUAAUGGAAGAUGACAUUAAAUCAUUUAUAGGUUUCACAGAAAGGAGUGGAUUUGAUGAAAAACAAGUCAUUGAAAAUGAUUUCUUUCCUUAUAAAUAUCAUAAGAAUACAUUGAUUGAAUUAUGUUGUUAUUAUGGUUCUGUAAACUGCUUUAAGUUUUUGAUCACUAAAUUUAAACCAAAAAUCACAAAAACAUGCCUUAGAUAUUCAUUUUUAGGAGGAAAUCAAGAAAUAGUAAUGGAAUGUCUUAAAUAUAAAACACCAGAUGAGGAUUGCCUGGAAAAUGCAGUUGUUUCACACAACAAUGACUUUGUCAGUUUUUUGCUCACAUAA